GGCGGCGCCGUAACUCGGGCGCGGGAGCAGGGGCGGGGGAGGCUGCGGUGCGCAGUCCCGGGUAGACGAUGGCGACGCCGGAUCAAAAGUCACCUAACGUUCUGCUGCAGAACCUGUGCUGCCGGAUCCUGGGCCGCAGCGAAGCUGAUGUAGCCCAGCAGUUCCAGUUUGCUGUGCGAGUUAUUGGCAGCAACUUUGCCCCAACUGUUGAAAGAGAUGAAUUUCUAGUUGCUGAAAAAAUCAAGAAAGAACUUAUUCGACAAAGGAGAGAGGCAGAUGCUGCGUUAUUUUCAGAGCUCCACAGAAAGCUUCAUUCACAGGGAGUUUUGAAAAAUAAAUGGUCAAUCCUCUACCUCUUGCUGAACCUUAGUGAGGAUCCUCGCAAACAAGCCAACAAGGUGUCUAGCUAUGCUUCCUUGUUUGCACAAGCAUUACCAAGAGACGCUCACUCAACGCCCUACUACUAUGCCAGGCCUCAGACGCUCCCCCUGAACUACCAGGACCGGAGCACGCAGGCAACGCAAAGCACCGGCAGCCUAGGCAGCAGCGGCAUCAGUAGCCUUGGCGUGUGUGGCCUUGGGGGCCCCACACCUGUGCCACAGCCCCUCCUUCCAGGACAGUCUCAUCAAGCUCAAGGAGUUGGUGAUGGCCUUCGACAGCAGUUGGGGUCACGGCUAGCGUGGACAAUCACUGCCAACCAGCCUUCUUCACAAACCCCUACCUCAAAGGGUUUCCCAAACACCCUUUCUCGCAACAUGACCAGAUCAAGGAGGGAGGGGGAUCUGAGUGGUACCAUGGAAGUUACUGAAGCGGCUCUUGUGAGAGACAUUUUGUACGUCUUCCAAGGAAUUGAUGGCAAAAAUAUCAAAAUGAGCAGCACUGAAAAUUGUUAUAAAGUGGAAGGAAAGGCAAACCUAAAUAAAUCUUUGCGGGACACGGCAGUCAGACUUGCUGAGUUGGGAUGGUUGCAUAAUAAAAUCAGAAAAUACGCUGACCAGAGGAGCCUGGACCGCUCAUUUGGACUUGUAGGUCAGAGCUUUUGUGCUGCCUUGCAUCAGGAGCUCAAAGAAUACUAUCGGCUUCUCUCUGUUUUACACUCCCAACUACAGCUAGAAGAUGAUCAGGGUGUAAAUCUGGGCCUUGAGAGCAGCCUCACAUUGCGGCGCCUCCUCGUUUGGACGUAUGACCCUAAAAUAAGAUUGAAGACCCUUGCAGCUUUGGUGGAUCACUGCCAAGGACGGAAAGGAGGUGAGCUGGCCUCUGCUGUUCAUGCCUACACAAAGACUGGAGACCCCUACAUGAGGUCGCUGGUGCAGCACAUUCUGAGCUUAGUGUCACAUCCUGUCCUGAGCUUUCUCUACCGCUGGAUAUAUGACGGGGAACUGGAGGACACUUACCACGAAUUUUUUGUGGCCUCAGAUCCAACAGUUAAAACUGAUCGACUAUGGCAUGACAAGUAUACUUUGAGGAAAUCAAUGAUUCCUUCGUUUAUUACAAUGGAUCAAUCCAGGAAGGUUCUCUUGAUAGGAAAGUCAAUAAAUUUCUUGCACCAGGUUUGUCAUGAUCAGACGCCUACUACAAAGAUGAUAGCUGUGACCAAGUCCGCAGACUCACCCCGGGAUGCUGCAGAUCUAUUCACAGAUUUAGAAAAUGCAUUCCAAGGGAAGAUUGAUGCUGCUUAUUUUGAGACCAGCAAAUACCUACUGGAUGUUCUCAACAAAAAGUACAGCUUGCUGGACCACAUGCAGGCAAUGAGGCGGUACUUGCUUCUUGGUCAAGGAGACUUUAUAAGACACUUGAUGGAUUUGCUAAAACCAGAACUUGUUCGGCCAGCAACAACUUUAUAUCAACAUAACUUGACUGGAAUUCUUGAAACAGCUGUUAGAGCCACCAAUGCCCAGUUUGACAGCCCUGAGAUCCUCAGGAGGCUGGAUGUGAGGCUCUUGGAGGUCUCUCCAGGUGACACUGGGUGGGAUGUCUUUAGCCUGGAUUAUCACGUUGAUGGACCAAUUGCCACGGUGUUCACUCGUGAGUGCAUGAGCCACUACCUGAGGGUGUUCAACUUCCUCUGGAGGGCCAAGCGCAUGGAGUACAUCCUCACUGACAUCCGGAAGGGACACAUGUGUAACGCAAAACUCCUGAGGAACAUGCCAGAAUUCUCCGGCGUGCUGCAUCAGUGUCACAUCCUGGCCUCCGAGAUGGUGCACUUCAUUCAUCAGAUGCAGUAUUACGUCACUUUCGAGGUGCUUGAGUGCUCUUGGGAUGAGCUUUGGAACCGAGUCCAGCAGGCUCAGGACUUGGACCACAUUAUUGCAGCACAUGAGGCUUUCCUGGAUGCCAUCACCUCCCGCUGUCUGCUGGACAGCGCCUCUCGGGUACUUUUAAACCAACUCAGAGCUGUAUUUGAUCAAAUUAUUGAACUUCAGAAUGUGCAAGAUGCAAUAUACAGAGCUGCUCUGGAGGAAUUGCAGAGACGGCUGCAGUUUGAAGAGAGGAAGAAGCAGCGUGAGGUUGAGGGCCAGUGGGGAGUGACCCAGGUGGAGGAGGAGGAGGAGAACAGGAGAGUCCGAGAGUUUCAAGACUCUAUUCCAAAAAUGUGUUCCCAGUUGCGGAUCCUGACACACUUCUACCAGGGUGUGGUGCAGCAGUUUUUGGUGUUACUGACAACCAGCUCUGACGAAAGUCUCCGUUUUCUCAGCUUCAGGUUGGACUUUAAUGAGCAUUACAAGGCCAGAGAGCCCAGACUCCGUGUAUCUCUGGGUACUAGGGGACGGCGCAGUUCCCACACGUGACACGCCGCAGUCCCUGUCAAGCUGCCAUGCUGUUACCAGCGUCAUAGAUGUCUUCUCACUGAGACCCUCAGGGUCAGGGAGCACCAGGUGUCCUUCCUCUGUCUGCACACUGGCUGCUGUGUGUCGCUGUCACCAUGUCUGGUGGAAUUACAGUCUAUGUAUAUACUGGACUUGAGUGUCUGUGAUGUCACUAAGUUCAGCAGGCCAGCACACCCGUUCAGAGGCAUUUCGAAGUUUUCAUUGACAAAGGACACCGUGACCUGCGGGCUUCUUAAGGUCUUCACUUACAUUUGUCACUAAAAAUAAAAAAAAAAAAAAAAAAAAAACCCACCUCAGUUUGUUUUAGCAAAAUCUAGGGCAGUAGUAUGUUUAUAAAUCAAGAUGGCAAUGUCAAUGCUGGUUUUUUUUUUGUUUUUUUUUUUUAGCAUCCUCUUUAGAGGCAAUUUUUGUUACCAUGAUCAGAUUAUAUUGAAACAUGUCCCUAUGAAAAUAUGUGGACAUUUAAUUUGGGUUGUGGUAUUAAAAAUCCUGCGUGAGGACACUUGUAUCUCCAUGCAUUGCCUUCACAUAUUUGUUCUUACUGUUUUUUUGCAGAGUUGCCAUUUUUAUAUUUCAUUUACUAUUUCAGAUAACUUUUAAAAAUAUUAAAAAAAACAGUGAUGUGGAACAGAUACAUCCUUACACAGUGCACUGGAUUGAUCAGAAUGUCCGCUGAUGCAGUGUGUAAAUAGGAGUGGUUGAAGGUGGAUGGAGUACUUUAUUUUCAAAACUCUUAAAAGCACUGGAAAGAAAUCAUUGUGGAUAAUGAAGAUUUCCUUUUUCCUUGCCUAUUUUUUCAUUGUAAAUAUUUAUAUACAACUGACAAGAUGUUGGGGGGGUUGUUUUUGUAAAAAUGUCAUAAUCAGGUCACAUAAGUAUGCCUUUUUAUGUUGCCUAAGUGUGAACUUAGAAAAUUAAAAACAAUUAUCUUUGAGAUGUAUCACUUAUUUCUUGAGUGGUCUAUGAAGAAGCUAUUCACUUGCUUGUUUUGAGGUGGGCGUGAAAGAAUUGUAUUUAUUGUGCUAUAGUUGGGAUUACUUAAUCUGCAAAAUCAAGGCAUUAGGCUGGGUGUGUCAUUCAGUGCAGAACCUGAGGGAGUUGGGCACUCCCUGUCUGUGCACUGUACCCCCACAGCCAUCUCUCCACACGCCAAUGCCUCAGCUGUGCUUGGGUGCACACUCCCUUUGAUGCUCUGGGGAUUUGCAGCCAUGCAGAAGUGAAUCUAUGGCGAUGCCCAGACAUUCUUUGCAUGUAGCUUUCAUAGAAUCUUAGCUUAAUCCCAGUAGGAGAUGGAGGUAGAAGGAUCAGGUGUUCAAGAUCCUCCUUGGGUACACAGUUCAUGGCUAGGUGGGGCCACAUGAGACACUGCCUUAAAAAAUCAUAAAAUCAGAAAUUUGAAGCAAAUUUCUGUAAGGCUUUUUGGAAACCCUGGGCAUAGUAUAUCCCCUGAGAGAGGCUGUGGAGACUGCUGUUUGUCUUGUUUCAUUAGAAGCAUUAUGAAAGGGUUAAUCCUCAGUAGAAGUCACUCCCAAAAAUUCCACACUGGCCUUAGGGGUUAAAAUUCCAUUGGAUUUGGGGAGUGCUCUGCCAUCAGGGUCAGCCAUACACUGUAGAGAAGCCUCAGAGCAGGAGUCUCCUUAUCCCAAGUGAUUGGCCUGGCAGGCAUGGGCUACUCGGUAGCAUGAGCUGGGCAGGCAUGGUUUGUGGAGACAACCUGCUUUAGGUAUGGUAUGCCAAGUGGGUUGGGGCAUGCUUCUCCAGGAAGUGUCAGUUGGCCUACCUUCCAGGCUUAUAGUAGAAUGUAGCACUAAGCAUGGGCAGGGUUUGGGUACACAUUGUGCCUGUUCUCUGUUCUCUGGUGGUUUGAGGCCUAUGGCACCAAGCAUGGACAGGGCUCAGGGGCACAUAGUAUGCCUGUGCUCUUGUGGCAUGAGGCCUGUGGCCCUGGACAGCCUGCAUAAGCUCAACCUUGUCUGCAUGGAGUGGAGAACACCGUUAGCCUGGGGAGAGGCGUGGCUGGCUCGCGCAUGGCUGUCUUCAGUGGAUGCUGCUGCCUUCCCUGGAUCCGUGAGUUGGAGGGGGCUGGUUGAGUGAUGUCUGUAGAUGCAUGGCAUCAGUUCUCUUAAGUCUCUGGAAAAAUAUGUCAUUCAGAUGUUAAAAUACAGGACUACAGAGCACAACCAGCAUUCCAGCAUUAAAAUGACACCUGUUAGAACUGUUUAUUGCAUAGCCGCCUGGACUGGGUGAUAAAGAUGUCCUGGCCCCACUGCUGUCAGCGGCUGUGGUGGGUGCGGCUGGUAUUUCAGGGGUACCUAGUGGCUGCUGGUGGUGAGACUUUCUGUCCACAUCAGUGACCAGCGAGUCCUGUGCGUUCCUGACUGACCCACCCUUGCCAGCACCGCUACGGCUCUGGGGAGCAGUUUUCAGCAGUGUAGAUACUGGGAUAGAGCGACAUGUUUCUGUGAGGAGGAAAUGACACGUGGGCAUGCUUCACAGAGGGGAAGCUGGCCAAGCUAGCUUUUUCAUUACUGCUGAGCCUGGAUCUCGUGGGCACAGAGGCGGCCAGCAGCAAUGACUGGGCAGAUGAGAUUCCUGACCCCAUUCUGAUUCUGUAUCUGUCAGAUGUCUGAUUUGAAUGAGUACUUGGGCUUAUGACCCCACUUGGUUUUUGUGGGGUGCCAAUAAUACCUUUUUAGUAGGUAAAUUAUAGUCCUGUGCAUUUCUUCUGGGGACACUGAAGUAAAUACCCAGUUCUGCAGUAGUUUGUUUUUUAUUUCUAGGUAGCAUGUGGUUCAUGUAGACUUUCAAACUUGUUGAAAUUAAUUUUUGAGAAAUCAUUUCAAUUUUUAUCUAUUAUUUCGAGACAGAAUCUCCCUUUGUAGCCAAAGCUGGCAUUACACUCUUUUCUCCUUCUUCAGACUCUGGAGGUAGUGAUUUCAGACAUGCUCCACCACUCUGGUUCCUUUCAUGGUUAAUACUUGUAUUUUCACUUUUUUCUUUCUCAUCAGGUUUUCAAAGUUUGUAUGUAGUUUUUGUUUUUAAUGAUUACUGUUCACUUCAGCAUAGCUCUAUGGUUUCCUUUUUCUUUUUCACUUUGUUUAUAAAUAAAUUGCUAUCAUACAUUUAAUACCUUCCCCUUAAUUUGUUGUUUCAUAUAUAGAAUGCUUAUAUAUUUUGUUUUCUCAUUGUUUAGCCAGCAUUUCUCAUUGGAUUGUUCUGGGCAUAUAGCUUUUGUUAGGUUACACGUUUUUAUACAGGUCGUUUUCAGGGCAUAAGUUCUUAAGUAAUGAAUAUUUUUUUGUUGCUGUUGUUUGUUUUGGAACUCUGGAUGUAGUUACUACUCAGGAUUUCAGGGAAGAUUUCUCCCUUUUUGUCUUUUUUUUAAAGAAUAAACACAUUUCCAAAACAUAACAAAAUAUAUAGCUAUAGUCUGUAAAGUGGUGUGCAACAACAGAAAGAGUCGUCCAUCACUGGGUGGAGCGGUGUCUGAAGGUGCCGGUGCUCUUGGGUCUUCAGUAUAUGAAAUGAUCAAAUUCAGUAAAUACUUAGGGUAAAUAAGUUUUGGACAAACCAUCUGGAAAAGAAUAAGAGCUUUAACUCCCCACAAGAAAAGCUCAUGUAGGUUAGUUUAAAUAUGAAGAAUAAAACAUACUAACUAGAAAAAGGAGGCCAUAUGUUUAUAAUCUCAGGGUUCAUAGCACUUUGUUAACAUGGCACCAAGGGCUAAAACCAUAAAGGAAAAUCAUGAUUGACAGGUUUGACUGCAUAAAAGUGACAAGUGUCAUCAGAAGAAUAGGGACAAAUGACAGAUGGAGACAAACCUAAUCAGAACAUGUGUCUGUCCCUAAUUAUUGUAGAUCCUUACAAAUCAGUAUAAAGCUUACAAGUAGCUCCAAGCACACUCAGUAGGAAUUUAUAGAGGAAAUAUUGUACACAUGGGAAUGCCAUAGCAGCUCGCUAGCAUGUGUGAACUGCACUGGCCACCAUGAUGAAAGCCUGUGGUUUGGUGACUGGCUGAACUCUUGGACUGAGACCCUAGUAGAGACAUUGCCCCAGAGUCUCCUUGUCACCCUCUAUGCCAUCUGCCACUGCCCACAUCUCCAGGCAACCACUGAUUCCCAAGCCCUGCCACUUGCCUGUCUUGAAUCCCCUUCAUGUUGGGUACAUGAAGAUUUGUUCACUGUGUGUCUGAGGAAUCUGUUCCACCAUACUGACUUGCUCACUUCACACAAUUUGGAUGUCUCCUGUUAUUAAUACUCCCAAUAAAGCUGCUGUGAAUGUUUGUUACUGGUCACUGUGUGGAUUAAUAAGCUUUCAUUUCUGUUGAGCGGCUAGAUGAUGUAGUCGCUGUGUUUAACUUUAGGACCAUUUUCUCUCUACUACCGUGUGGGCGUUCUGGAUGCUUCGUGUUGAGGUUGACACUGGGAGUUCUGAUUGGUGCACAGAGAUGCUUGUGCCACAUUUCAUUAUCCGUCCACUAGCUCUGAUGGUACAACAUCGUGUCUUUACUUAUGUACCUUGAAUGACAUAUAAAAUAUUAUACCCAUUUGUUUUUUUCUUCUGUGUAUGGGGGCUAGGGGGCAGAAUUGACAUGCCAGUGCCUUAGCUGCUGCCAUCAAACUCCACGGACGCUUGUGUCACCUACUGUGCAUGUGUGACCUUGUGCUUGCGUCGCCUUUGUGUGUCUGACUUAUGUGGGUUAUGGGGAGAUUGAACAUGGGUCCUUAGGCUUAACAGACAAGUGCCUCAAUUGCUAAGCCAUCUCUCCAGUCCUAUUUUACCCCAUUUUUAUUAGAGUUUUUUCUUACUGAGUUUCAAAAGUUCUUUUAAAGUUGUUUAUCUGGAUAAAAGCCUUGUCAGAUACUUGAUUGCAAAUAUUUCUAAGUUGGUGAAUUACCUGUAUGUAUCUUGUCGUUACUUAUUUAUUUUAGAGAGGUGGGGUGCCAGGGCCUCCAGCCACUGCAAACAGAUGCAUGCACCACCUUGUAUAUCUGGCUUACAUGGGUCUGGGGAAUCAACCUCGGUCCUUUGGCUCUGCAGCAAGCUUCUUCACCACUGAGCCAUCUCCCCAGCCCAGUGAUGUAUAUCUUUUACAUUGAGUGUUUAUCACAUUAUGAGCUCAUCAACAGGUUUGAAGUCCACAGUGUGGACUAGAGCUCUAGAAUUUAAAACCCAGGCUAAUGCUAUGACCUCCAGUGCUGUCAGGCUGUAUAACCUCUAAUGCUGUCAGGUGAGGGCCUCCAGUGCUACUGGGCUCUGUGCCAAGAUGCUGUGCUUAUCAUUUUAAUACCACACUGUGUACUUCAGAGAGCAGUGGUGGUUGGUGCAUAGUCCUCACCGUUACGACAGACCAUGGUGUCUAUGUGCAUGUCCUGCCCUGAGAGAUGCUGGCAGGUGUUUGAAAGGUGCCACAUCUGAACUGGGAUAUGUGGUAAUGGUAAAUAAAUUCCACCCUUCAGAUAGUUAAUAUGAAAAAGAAUGUAAAAAUUUUCCAUGUUUUACCCAUGCUGAUUACAUGUGGAAGGCAUACUUUGUAUAUAUUUGGCUAAAUAAAGUAUAUUGUUAAGA